GGAACCAAUAUCAACAGUUCGUUUUCGCAAUCCCCCGCCGCCUACUUUACCCAUCACCAGAUUGUUCCACAUCCUGCGUUCUGCGUCGUGUCCUUUCGCAUAUUUUCGGAUUGAUUGAUACCAUCCGAUCUCUUGACAGCUGUCUUCUUGCACCACCUGCGCCUCUCUCAAUCAGAGUCCGACCGCCUCAAGCUUUUCCGAAAGCUGUCCGCCUGCUGCCUAUUACGCAAUUGAGUCGAUUUCACCUCUUGCCGAAUCUUCUCAGUCUUAUCAGUGCCCUCGCCUGGAUCGCCUGCCAUGGGAAGCUUCGUGUUCAAAUGGCCCCAUCCCGAGGCCAACGAUGUCCACGUUACGGGCACCUUCGAUGACUGGGGAAAGAGUGUCAAGUUAGACAAGGUCGGCGCCAUCUGGGAGAAAGAGGUGGAUUUGCCCAAGGCCGACGAGAAAAUCUUUUACAAGUUCGUCGUCAACGACCAGUGGAUCAUUGAUCCCGAGGCUCCUCAAGAGGACGACGGCCGUGGCAACGUCAACAAUGUGCUCCUACCCGAAAACAUCAAACCCAAGGCGUCCAUGGUGCCCGAAGCUCUGACCACAUCCAGCGCAGCUCCCGAGAGCACAACAGCAGCCAUGGCUGGCCAGGUACCCUUAGAGCCGAAGCGAGAGGCCACCGAAGUUACACCGGCAUCCGAAUCCCACCUCAACAAAGAGACCACUGAAAGCAGCGUCCCAGGCACGUUCCCUGAGACUCCAGCCAAGGAACCAGAUUCGUAUGGCGUCAAUCCCUUGCCGCCCACCAGUGGCGCAGGUAAUCCUGUCGACCUUCCUGCAGGCGAAAAGGUCCCUCCUCCUGGCGAAGUCACGACAAAUACCACCCAUUCUGCAGUGACCACUUCCAAAGAGGACUACGAAAAUGCGGGCUCGGGCAUCCCAAUCAUUGGAGGAGCGCUUGCUGCGCUGGGUCUUGGAGGCGCUGCAGCCAAAAAGGAGAAUUUGAUUCCAGAAUCUUCUCUACCCAUGGGCGAGGAGGCAGGGAAAUCACUCGAUGCGGGUCCUUUCAUCAGUUCAGCUGGAGCAUCGUCGACCACGGCCGAAUUGGCUGGGAAAGUGCCCUUGGAAGACAGCAAGCCGGCAACUGAGGUCAAUCACGCGCAAGCAAUCACAUCUACCGUACCCGAGGUGGUCAAGGAGUCGAUUGCGGAGGCACAUACUGAGCCUGAGGCCACGGCAUCUGCCGAAGUCGUCAAAGAAAAGGCGGAGGUAGAAGAGGAGCUGGUGAAGAAGGUGCCGGAGGCCGACGAAGCUGGAGAGCCCGCACCAACGAUCGCAGCCGCCACGACUGAGACCGUGCCAUCACCCACUCCAGCUCUAUCCGGCGGUCCUGUGCCUGGGACCUCCUCCACGGCUGCGGCCGCGGUGGCUGACGGCGCCGAUGGGACAGUCGAGCCCACGGAAGCUCCAACGCACAAGGUGGAGGCAGAGAAGACGGAGGCGGACACCACUGAAUACGCACCGCCCCAUGCGGGAGGUGCAGCUCCUGGAGUGUCGGAGUCCGCAGCGGCGGCGGUCUCUGACGGCACAGAGGACCCCACUCUCGCCGACGAGCCUGCAGUGCAAAUGAUGAACAAGAAUGAAGCUGAAGCCUCAGGAGCACCAGCGGCCGAGCCUGCAGCAGCGGCAGCAGCUACCACUGCGACCGAACCCGCAACGGCCACCGCACCUACUACGGCGGCAUCAGAAUCCAAGAAGGAGGAGACCAAAGCUGCAGCACCCACGAGUGCCACUUCGACGCCGACCAAGAAACCCGAAACCACCCCAACCACCACACCUUCGUCCUCGGCGACCAAGGAGAAGAAGAAGAAGCACCGAGUCAGCUCAUUCUUCAAGAAAAUCUUUGACUAGAUGCCAAAGAGAGCAGCGGGAUGUCAUACAGACCAGGAAAAGGCUGAGGAAUGAUGCUGCAAGCAGAUCUGCAGGGCGGAAGUGGAGGAGGGGAGUGGGAUUCGUGCGGGAGCAAUUGGGAAUGCAUUGCGAACGGGUCGGCGCACCCGCUGGGGUUUGGACAGCGGAUUCGUGUUGAUUUGGGACUUGUUUGUCUUGUAGAUAUCCCCUUCCGUUGUGUUUGUAUUGGGAGAGAGACGGGAGCUUUUUGUGUUCCAUAAUGGCUAAUCGGAAUGUGUUGAUGCGGCUUCGGCAGUUGCUCAUUGAUUACUGGCUGAGAUCAUGGAGGGGGAGACGUUUCUCGUCGUGUUCUAGAAGCACCAGAAGGAUUCUCGAAGCUGUGGAAGCACACGCAGCUCCUCCAGCGCAGCCGGCAACAUGCAGCCCGAUGCGCGAUCCUUCUUCCCUA